CUGCAGUGUUCCUCCUUAUGUUCUUAUGGAACAUAAGACAUACCACACAAGACACAUACACAACACAUACAUGAAAAAUCACCUAGGACACAUAAUACACAUGACACACAAGACACGUAUGAAACAAAUAUUAAGCAAGACACACAUAACACACAAUACGCAUAACACAUAAGACACAUAUAGCACAUAAGACACAACCUCAGUGAACCAUCGUCUCAGUUUGUCAUCAAAAUAUGGAAACAUGGCUGAAUACCUGGCAUCGAUUUUCGGCACUGAAAAGGAUAAGGUCAACUGUAGCUUUUACUUCAAAAUCGGAGCAUGUCGUCAUGGGGAUCGCUGUUCCAGAAUUCAUAACAAGCCCACUUUUAGUCAGUGUGUUCCGGAUAUGCUUUAUGCAAUAUUCAUCCCCUCUUCCAGUAAAUAGUACUGUGAAUCCUUGCUGCAUCUUACAGACGGUCCUCAUCCUCAACCUCUACUGUAACCCCCAGAAUUCUGCCAAAUCAGCUGAUGGAUCCCACUCAACAGUUAGUGAUGAAGAAAUGCAAGAGCACUAUGAUAACUUUUUUGAAGAGGUAUUUGUAGAGUGUGAAGAUCGCUAUGGAGAAAUUGAGGAGAUGAACGUUUGUGAUAACCUUGGUGAUCACCUAGUAGGCAAUGUUUACAUCAAGUUUAAAUAUGAAGAGGAUGCAGAGAAGGCAGUUGUAGACCUGAAUAACCGUUGGUUUGGAGGACGGGCAAUUAAUGCAGAGCUGAGCCCAGUGACUGAUUUCCGUGAAGCCUGUUGUCGUCAGUAUGAAAUGGGAGAGUGUACCCGCAGUGGAUUCUGCAAUUUUAUGCAUCUUAAGCCUAUAUCCAGGGAACUUCGGAGGGAGCUUUAUGGUCGUAAAAGGAAAAGAUCACCAGCCCGAACCCGUCGUAGAAGCUCUCCAGCUAGGAAUCGAAGGUCAACAAGGUCCCGCUCAAGAUCCAAGGAACGUAGACGAGACUACAGAGCUAAUUCUACUUCACUGGAAAGAUACCGCUCACAUUCUCAAGACAAAGACCAACGAGAGGGAAGAUUUGGGAGAUUCUAGAAAUUUAAUUAUUAAUUUCCAGAAAAUGUUUGUUGUAAUGAUUUAUGAUGCUUGUGUAAACUUAAUUUGAGCAAAAUCAAUCAGUAAUAAUAAAAAAAACUCACAGUACCACAGCUGGAACAAUACACAAAUAAACCUGCACUUAGGAGACUGAAAUUUAUGAUGUUUAAGCCCAACCAUUAACAAGUCAGUGUGACUUAAUAGUUCAUGUCAGACCAAAAAUGUUAUCGUAAACUUCAGUUUCCUAAGUGUGGGUUGUGCAAAUCUGUCGGUAGACUGUCAGUUGAGUUUAAUAUUUUAGAUACUAUACUAAAUUUAAUUUUUUCCUAAUGUUAAUUACCAGGAGAGGAGAGUAUAUAUGGCAUUAGUUUUUUGUUAUUUUUACCUAUUUUGUAUUUUUGUUCUUAAUAAAUUAAAAUGCAAAAUCUUUGGUCUCCAAAGUUUUGCUUCUACUUGCAGAUGA